CGGAGGCGGGCCGGGCCCCGCGGCGAGGGACCGGGCGCGGCAGGACGCCGAGCCCCGCCGUCCCGCAGCCGCCAUGCAGCUCCUGCCGCUGGUCGCCUGGGCGCUGCUGCCAGGCUGCUGGGCGGUGACGGGGCCCGGCACCGUGCGGGGAUUCCUGGGGGGGUCCGUCUCGGUGAACUGCACGUACGAGCCCGGCGAGGAGUUGAAGCCGAAAUUCUGGUGCCAUCCGGGAACCGUUUUCACCUGUACUGCUUACAUCGUCAUCACCUCGGAGCUGGAGCCCAAGGUGCGGCGGGGCCGAUUCUCCAUCCGGGACAAUCGCGCACAGCGAGUGUUCACAGUGACUGUGGAGGGUCUGAAAAAGUCGGACGCGGGCACCUACCGCUGCGGGGUGCGAAAUAGCAAAUUGUUGCCUGAUGACAGUGCCGACGUGGAGGUGAUCGUGUGCCCAGCUUCCUCUUCCUCCUCCCCAGCCCCGACCACCAAGCACCCUGAUCUCACUAGCUUUGUGUCAGUCCCCACGGAGACAGCUCCCUGGGGGGAGCCUACGCAACCAGGAUCAAGUCACUCCCACCCCAAACACUUCAGCCCUCCACACUUGCAAGUGGUUGAGCACAUCCUCACUCCAGGCAUCAUAGUGGUUCUUCUUUUGCUUGCAAUUGCUGCUGGCAUUUUGGUAAAAAUGUCCAGGAAGAGGAAGAAGGCCCUAUCUGGAGCAGCUGUAGAGAUGGACAGGACUCGCAGCACAUCGCAAACAGGAGCGGAUGCCUUGAACUACGCGGACAUUAACCACCACGCAGGCACAGCCGAGAGCCAGCUGUACAGCAAUGCCGAGGCUUUCCGCUGCUUGGCAGACACCACAACCGAGUACACGGAGAUCAAGCAGAGCAAUAAGGAGCGGCAGAAAAAAGCCAGGUUGCCCGAGAGCAGCGAUGGCUCCAAGGACUCGGACAGCUCUGCCGGGCGCCGGGGCAGCGCCAGCCGGAAGCACGGGCGAUGGCGGGGACGGCCAGACAGCCCCGGAGCACUGGUGUCCAAGGUGGUGAGAGCCGUCACGGCGAGACACAAACCGGGACGGAGGCUGCCGGCCGCGCCGGACUCCUCCAGCCAGAGGAACCUGACGGAGCUGCGUGGGGAGGCCCAGCUAGCCAUCUUCCAGCAGGGCGACACAGGCAGUGUGGAGGGGGCUCCCCAGCCCACUGAGAACAGCUUCACCCCCAAGUGCGAAAUUACGGGCAAAGAUGCCCUCUCGGCGCUGGCCCGGGCCAGCAGCAAGCAGUGCCAACAGGAGAUCGCCAACGUGGUGUGUCUGCACCGGGCCGGCAGCCUCAUGCCCCAGUCAGUGCCUCGCCACUGCCAGCUCUCGGGCAAGGUCAGCCCUGUCAUCCAGUGGGACGAGAGCCGGCUGCAGCAGGUGCCCCCCAGCAAGCCUGUGCGCAUCGCCUAUAUGCUGGUUGUGCAUGGCAGGGCCAUUCGCCAGCUGAAGCGACUCAUCAAGGCUGUGUACCACGAGCAGCACUUCUUCUACAUCCAUGUUGACAAGCGCUCCAACUACCUCCAUCGUGAGGCGGUGGAGCUGGCCCAGCACUACCCCAACAUCCGCGUGACACCCUGGCGCAUGGUGACCAUCUGGGGAGGUGCCAGCCUGCUGAAGAUGUACCUGCGCAGCAUGAAGGACCUGCUGGAACUGCCCGAGUGGCCCUGGGACUUCUUCAUCAACCUGAGCGCCACUGACUACCCCACGAGGACCAAUGAGGAGCUGGUGAUGUUCCUGUCCAAAUACCGAGAUAAGAACUUCCUGAAGUCUCAUGGCCGAGACAAUGCCAGGUUUAUCAAGAAGCAGGGCCUGGACCGCUUGUUCCAUGAGUGUGACUCCCACAUGUGGCGGCUGGGCGAGCGCCACAUCCCCGAGGGCAUCGUGGUGGAUGGGGGCUCUGACUGGUUCUCGCUGACGCGCAGCUUCGUGGAGUACGUGGUCUAUGCCAACGACCAACUGGUGUCCCAGCUGCGCCAGUUCUACACCUACACGCUCCUGCCAGCUGAGUCCUUCUUCCACACGGUCCUGGAGAACAGUCACGCCUGCGAGACACUGGUCGAUAACAACCUCCGAGUGACCAACUGGAACCGGAAGCUGGGCUGUAAGUGCCAAUAUAAACACAUAGUCGACUGGUGCGGGUGCUCCCCAAAUGACUUCAAACCCCAGGACUUCCUCCGGCUACAGCAACUCUCCAGACCCACGUUCUUUGCCCGCAAGUUUGAGUCGACAGUGAAUCAGGAGGUGCUGGAGAUCCUGGACACUCACCUCUACGGCAGCUACCCUCCGAACACACCGGCCCUGAAGGCGUACUGGGAGAAUGUCUACGACCGCGUCGACGGGCUUAGCGGCCUCAGUGAUGUCACCCUCACCUUCUACACAGCCUUCUCCAGGCUGGGGCUCCGCAAAGCUGCGUCCACGCCGGCAGCGAAGGCCGACAAGCUCUGCAGAUUUGAGCCCCAGGGCUUCCCAUCCAGUGUGCACUUAUAUUUCUAUGACGACCGUUUCCAGGGUUACCUGGUGAUGCAGGAAGUGCAGAAUUCGGCAACUGGGCAGGCAGAGUCCCUGGAGGUGUGGAUGAUGCCCCAAGGAGCUCUGAAACUGGCAGGUCAUGGAGGGCAGGCAAACCGCUUACAAAACCUUGAGGUGGGCACAGAGUGGGACCCCAAGGAAAGACUCUUCCGCAAUUUUGGAGGCUUGAUGGGGCCUUUUGACGAGCCGGUGGCCAUGCAGAAGUGGUCGCGGGGCCCCAACCUGACGGCCACGGUGGUGUGGAUCGACCCCACCUAUGUCAUUGCUGCUUCCUACGACAUCACGGUGGAUGCCGAGGCAGAAUUCACCCAGUACAAGCCCCCCCUCAAUCGCCCCCUGCGCCCUGGUGUCUGGACCAUCCGCCUCCUCCAGUUCUGGGAGCCCCUGGGGGAGAACCAGUUCCUGGUGGUGCCCCAGACCUUCAACCGCAAGCAGCCUCUCAGGAAAGACGACAGCAACUGGCUGCACGGCGGGCCCCCUCGCAACGAAUACAUGGAGCAGAGCUUUCAGGGUCUGGGGGGGAUCCUCAACCUGCCACGCUCCGAGGAGGCGGAGGAGGAUGCGGUGCAGAAGGCGCAGCUGACGGGCAAGGCUCUGGAGGACUGGGCGGACAGCGCCAUCAGCACCUUCUGGUCCGUGGCAGAUGUCUGCGUCGGCAGCCCCUCCGCCUGCGCCUCCCUGGAGACCUGCAGCGAAACCUCCUGGAGCUCCCUCUCCCCGGACCCCAAAUCAGAACUGGGGCCCGUCAAACCUGACGGGCGGCUGAGGUAGCAGGAGCAGCCAGGGGGGGCGGCAGCCUUGGGAGUGAGGAGCAUCCGGACUACAUCACCCCGUGCCAUUUGCACCGUAGUCACUUGAGGAAGAGAGAAUGGGAACCUCCGGGUGGGGGAAAACUUUCUCCUGUGGGGUAUUUUGGGUGGAGGGGGAGGUGUGAGGUCAGUCUUGCCCACCUCCCCCAGGAGCGGGCAGUUGCUGGCCAGGGAGAGCUUGCUGGGGCGCUCAUCAGGCAGGGGCACGGAUGGUGCUGGCAGCUGGGAAGAGCUGUGCAUUUGUUACUCCAGGCCUUGGAGCCUCGGGAAGGGGUGAUGGGGGAGGGAGGGAAGGCUGGGGCAUGGGCAGGCUCUGGACCAGCUCAGCACCCGGCCCAGCCCCGGCCUGGAUCUCGGCAGGAUCGGGCCCUGUGCUGCUGGCUGCCCCCCUGCGAGGGCUGGCAGGGGACUCUAGAGACAGGCAGAAGCAGAAUGGGUCAAAGCCUGCUGUGUGCACGGAGCUGCUGCUGGCCCAGGGCUUGUAUCUCAUCCCCUCCACCCCAGCCCUUUAGUUUGUAUUUUUAUAAAUAUAUAUAUAUAUAUAAAAAUAUAUAUGAUGCAAAGUGCAAUAGAGACGAGACCCCGCAUUGGCCGGGAAGUCCUUGUGUCUCCAUCUCCCCUCAGACUGUAACAUACCUUGUUCUCUUGGGUGUCCUGGUGCUACAGGACAGGGUGCUGGGUCGUUUACAUUUUUUUUUAAUUACUAGUAUUAUUAUUAUUAUUGUUUUGCUGUUUCCCUGUUUCCUGCUGGGGGCUGCUGGGAAACUGCACCCUGCUGCCCCUCAGGCAGGGUUGGUUGUGGGGUGCUGCCUGCCCUCCGAAGCAGCUGCCUGACUGUGCCAAAUAUUUGGAGCUGCUGGCGUGUGUUGUGCAACAGCAAGCGGGGGAGCACUCGGUUCAUGGUUCAAGUCCUAACAAGCCGCUGUAGACCCUGCCACCUCUGCUUCAGCAAAGGGACGCCCCAGUCCCCUGCCAAAAUGCCAUCCACGGGGCUGACGUCCUGCUGCGGAUGAGAGAGCAGCUUCCCGUGCCCGGAGGGCUGCCCUGUGCCACGGCCCCUUGGCCCAACCUUUUCUUUUCUCCCGGGUCAGCAGGAGCUCUUGGGAUCUGCUGUGCUUCCCUGGCCAAAAAGCAAAGAGGUGAGACGAGGUCCGUCCGGCUCCAUCCGCUCUCCGUUGUUUCUGCUUCCACCUCCUCCGCAGGGAAGAGACGCCAUCUCCUCCGGGGAAGGGAUGCAGCAGAGCAUCCCCUUCCCUGCUGUCCUCCCAGGCUUGGGGACCGCCUGCGACGUUCCUUUCUCCAAGACCGAUGCUGUGUGGAGAAGUCUGGGUUUGGUUUUAAGUCUGGGUUUGGUUUUCAGCCUGGGAGGAUGCUUCCCAUCUCGCCUGCAGCCGGGGAAGGGAUAUUGCCCCUGUGCAGGGCUGGGGCAGGGGAGCUGCUGGGGUCGAUGUGGAGACUGUCCACCCCAACCCCUCUGCUCCAGGCAGGGUCAGCAGGAGCCAGUGGCUCACGGCCUUGGCCGGUCGGGGUUUUGCCAUCUCCAAAGAUCUGUGCCAUCCUUCACCUUCCUCCGAAGCCCCAGGCUUCCCGGCUUGGCAGGGCUUGUGCUCCCCAUCUCAAGGAUGCUGGUGCUGUGAGAGGCGUGUUGUAAAAUGGAGGGGACGGAGACCUUGGUGUGUGAGGGCAGGUACCUGCUGGCACCCCUGCCCACCUCUCCUGUGCCCGCUCCCUCGGGGGGUGCUCCGGGGCUGUGGAGGGACAUGGGGUGAGAGGGGCCGGCCCCGCUGCAGGGGAGGAUGCCAAAACUGUGUUGGAAGCAUUAUGUAAAGUUGUCUUAAAUAUGCAACAUCACCACAAAUAUAUCUAUAUCUCUA